AUCCAUUAAUAGAUUUUAAAUGUGUAGAAAACUAGGUUUUUGGUUUUUUGUUUUUAAUCUAUAUGUAAUAUUAGUAAUUCUGCUUUGAAGUUUUUAAGGUAUAUAGAUGCAAAUCAUUUUCUAGACCCACAUAAAGAUUACUAAAUUGAUCGCAAAAAGUAACUAGUAGAUGCCUUAGAAUUCAGGCUUUUGUUUGACACAGUUUCCAUAAUACUUAGAAAUUAUGCCUUUUUCGGGCUCCUCCCAGUAAUGUUGAUCUUGACCAAAAAUAUACCUAAUUGUUAGCAUUGAUAUAGAGAGGUAUCUAUGGAAAAUAGAGGGCUUUCUAUGAUUCAGUCACCAGGAUUAGUGUUACGUUCUUAGGUUUCUUUUUUUAUGUUAUCCUUUUACCCGUUGGCCACAUUGCUGUACGCACUCCUCGCUGCACAGUCUGCAGUAGUCCUCUAGCUGUUCUCUGCUGACGCUAUCCUUGCCUCCUCUUAUCCAUUGGAAUUUCCUUUCGAUAUUGUUUUCUCUCAUUCCUGUAUUCAGAAGAAUGUCAUUGGUGUCAAAUCCAAACUCCUAAGCUCUAAGAGCUUCCUUUUAAUUGUGCAUUUCUAACUGCUCCAAAUUCUCUUUUCAAACCACAUGUACUAACUUCUGUAUAUGUGAUAAAUUGACUAACUUUCAUGCUUUUGUAAAAUCAAUAAUAGUUACUAUUUAUUGAGACCUACAGUGGUCUAGGCAUUGUGCUAGGAGAUUUACAUAAAUUAUUGUAUCCUUAAAACAACUCUGUAUUAUUACAGUUAUACAAAUGAGGAGAUGAGGGAUUGUAGAGGUUUAGUGACAGCUAAUAAAUGAGGGAGCCAUGAUUAAACCCAGAUUAGUCUCAAUUCCAAAGCCCAUGCUCUGUCCACUAUGCCUUCCUUUUUGCACAAAUAAUUUUCCUGUCCCCUCCAUUAAAUCAUGUCAUUGCUGCUUAAAACACUGCUCAAAACUCAUUUCUACGAAGCCUUCCCAAAUUACCACCUUUCUCUUGUUACUUAAACCAUUUCAGAAACUUUCAACGUCACAUUAACUUUUGACAUCAGGUUACUAUUUCUAUAUGGUUGAAAAAAAACCCCAAAAAACCUUAAACCCUGUUCACAUUUUCCUAUAAAUACAUUUGAAGAAAUUAGAGAUUAUGACCUUUGUUUAAAACAACUCUCCACAUUAAAGGUUCUUCAAGGUGUACACCUUAAAGGUAAAGCAAAACAGAAAAUCCUAAAACAGCCACUUCCUGAUAAUUCUCAAGAGGUUGCUACUGAGGACCACAACUACAGUUUAAAGAGACCUCUGACAAUUGGUGCAGAGAAACUGGCUGAGGUGCAACAGAUGCUACAAGUGUCCAAAAAAAGACUGGUUUCUGUGAAAAACUACAGGAUGAUCAAGAAGAGAAAGGGCUUACGACUAAUUGAUGCACUUGUCGAAGAGAAACUACUUUCUGAAGAAACAGAGUGUCUGCUACGAGCACAGUUUUCAGAUUUUAAGUGGGAAUUGUAUAACUGGAGAGAAACAGCUGAGUACUCCACAGAAAUGAAACAGUUUGCAUGUACACUCUACUUGUGCAGUAGCAAAGUCUAUGAUUAUGUAAGAAAGAUUCUCAAGCUGCCUCAUUCUUCCAUCCUCAGGACAUGGUUAUCCAAAUGCAAACCCAGUCCAGGCUUCAACAGCAACAUUUUUUCUUUUCUUCAGCGAAGAGUAGAGAACGGAGACCAGCUCUACCAGUAUUGUUCACUGAUAAUAAAAGGCGUAUCUCUCAAGCAACAACUUCAGUGGGACCCCAGCAGUCACCAUUUGCAAGGAUUUAUGGACUUUGGCCUCGGCAUACUUGAUGCUGAUGAAACACCCCUUGCAUCCGAAACUAUUUUGUUAAUGGCCGUGGGUAUUUCUGGUCACUGGAGAACGCCUCUUGGUUAUUUUUUUGUUAACAGGGCAUCUGGAUAUUUGCAGGCUCAGCUGCUUCGUCUUACCAUUGGCAAACUAAGUGACAUAGGGAUCACAGUUUUGGCCGUCACCUCUGAUGCUACAGCUCACAGCGUUCAGAUGGCAAAAGCGUUGGGAAUACAUAUUGACGGAGACAACAUGAAGUGUACAUUUCAGCAUCCCUCAUCUUCUAGUCAACAGAUUGCAUACUUCUUUGAUUCUUGCCACUUGCUCAGAUUAAUAAGAAAUGCAUUUCAGAAUUUUCAAAGCAUUCAGUUUAUUAAUGGCACGGCACAUUGGCAGCACCUUGUGGACUUAGUAGCCCUGGGGGACCAGGAAUUAGCAAACAUAGAAAGACUCCCAAGAAAACUUGCAAAUUUGAAAAACCACGUGCUGAAGACGAACUGUGCUGCCCAACUGUUCAGUGAGAGUGUGGCCAGUGCGUUGGAGUGCUUGCUAUCGUUAGGCCUGCCUCCUUUUCAAAACUGUAUUGGUACCGUCCAUUUUUUACGCUUAAUUAACAACCUGUUUGACAUUUUUAAUAGUAGGAACUAUUAUGGAAAGGGACUUAAAGGACCUCUACUGCCUGAAACUUAUAGUAAAAUUAAUCGCGUGUUAAUUGAAGCCAAGACAAUCUUUGUUACAUUAUCUGACGCUAGCAAUAAUCAAAUAAUUAAAGGUAAGCGAAAACUAGGAUUCCUGGGAUUUUUGCUUAAUGCUGAGAGCCUAAAAUGGCUCUAUCAGAAUUACGUUUUCCCAAAGGUCAUGCCUUUUCCAUAUCUUCUGACUUAUAAAUUCAGUCAAGAUCAUCUGGAAUUAUUUCUCAAGAUGCUUAGACAGGUAUUAGUAACCGGUUCUAACCCUACCUGUAUGGCAUUCCAGAAAGCUUACCAUAAUUUGGAGACCAGAUACAGAUCACAAGACGAAGCCUUUCUAAGUGAAGUAAGCAUCCUUGACAUUUCAAUUGCUCGAAGGACAGACUUGGCCCUUUGGACAGUUCAGCAUCAGUAUGGCGUCAGCGGCAUAAAGACUCUUUUUCACAAAGAGGAUAUUUGCCGAGACUGGUCUAAUUGUUCGCUAAGUGAGGCGUUACUAGAUCUGUCAGAUCACAGGCAAAAACUCAUCUGUUGUGCCAGUUAUGUUGCAAAUAAGUUAUCAGCUCUUUUAACUUGUGAGGAGUGCAUCAGUGCACUGUAUGCAUCAGAUCUCAAGGUUGCUAAAAUUGGGUCACUGUUGUGUGUUAAAAAGAAGAAUGGUUUACAUUUCCCUUCACAAAGUCUUUGUCAAGUCAUAAAUAUUUGUGAGCGAGUUGUAAGAACCCAUUCAAGAAUGACAGUCUAUGAACUACUUCCUAAACAGAGAGAAUUGUAUCUUCAGCAGAAAAUAUUAUGUGAGCUUUCUGGGCAUAUUUAUCUUUUUGUAGAUUUAGAUGAGCAUCUCUUUGACGGAGAAGUGUGUGCCAUCAAUCACUUUGUAAAGUUACUAAAGGAUAUAAUAAUCUGUUUCUUAAAGAUCAGAGGUAAAGAUGCAGCUCAGUACCCUUUAAAACACCAUUCAGAAAGAAUUGAAAUGAAAACUUUGCCAAGAAUACACUGGUCAUCAUUACAGGAUUACAGAUGUUCAAGUUUUGCUAAUACCAAUAAAUGCAGGCAUUUGUUAAGUAAUGACGGAUAUCCAUUCAAAUGAGGGACCUAAAAUAUAUUAAAAUUUUCAUGAAAAAUUAUUGGUCAACAUUUAAAGUUCAACCUACCAUAUUUUAUAAAUUGACCAUUCUGCACAGUUGACAAGUUUGUAAUACUAGGAUUUCUAAUUAUGCGUAUUAUAAAAUCUGCUUGUACUUGGUAUGGUUUGCAACAUUUCAGUUACUCGGAAUGUAGAACGCAGUUAAGUCAGUAGGAACAGACCAGCCAACAGAUGCUGCCUUUGAAUAUACUACUAUAAGACUGAGUAGUGUGACUGGACAUACUUUUUAACUUGUUCAGUCUACUUUAAAACAAGAGAGAAUAACAACAACUAAGAGUCAUUAAAACAUUGACUUCUUUUAUAAAUAGACUACAUUCCCUAAAAGAGCUUUGGUUUACAGCUCUUAAGAAUGUUGACAGGAAAAAAAAAAAAAAAAAAA